GCAACACUUCCUCCAUUUCCUGUUGUGGACUGUGAGUCGGACAUUCCUCUGGUCCAGAAUGUGAAUUAAAUACCACCGCCGAAAUGUGCACGUAUUACCCUCCUCCGCACAGGUGUUGCUCAUGAAUGCCAGAGCCUCAUAUAUUCAUGGGCCUCGGAGACGGCAGGUAUCGGCUGUUGCACUUGAUGUCAUGACACGUCUGUUGAUAUUCCCUUGACAACCGCGGAUCGGAUACCAAUAUUCAGGGGCCAUCAUGCCCAUCACUCUGCUGUGGGCCGUGGACGUGUAUGGCAGGGUGUACAGCCUUUCCACAGCUGGCCAGCGGUGGGAGCGUGCAGACGACAUGCUGCUGGAGCUGAAGCGUGUCACUGCGGGGAAGGGCCGCUGCUGGGGCAUCGGCUGCGACCACUAUGUUUACCUCAACAUCACACCCAGCGAGACCUCCAUCCGCUACCGAGAGGAGACCUAUGAAAACCAGAGGUGGAACCCAGUGGACAGCUUCACUGACACGCUGCUGCCCACCGACCGCUGGCCAUGGAGCGACGUGACCGGCAUGAAUCCUCAGCCGCUCCACAGCUUUGAGCUGCCCUCCCGCAGCUGGGAGUGGGAGGGGGACUGGUAUGUGGAUCAGAGCUGUGGAGGAGAACCCAGCCAGACUGGGGGCUGGGAGUAUGCAGUCGAUUUCCCGGCAAACUUCUCCCCGGACAAAAAGUGGAACUCCUGUGUUCGUCGCAGGCGGUGGAUCCGUUACAGGAGAUACAUUGCACAAGGCACCUGGGCGAAGAUCCCUCUGGACAAUCCCAGGAAGCCCCCGCUGCCGCUCAGUGACAUAAGCUGUGGUGGUUGGGAGAUGAGUGACCAGUCUGGAAGGUAUCCCUACCUCUGGGGCGUGUCCCAACAAGGAGAGGUGUGGUUCAGGGAGGGCAUCCAUCCUCGGGUCCCAGAGGGCUCCAGCUGGGAGGAAGUGGAAGUGCCCAAGGAAGUGGCUCAGUUAUCAGCCGGACCCGGAGACCUGCUGUGGGCUUUACUCUGGGAUGGGAACCUGCUGGUCCGUACUGGUCUCACCCUGGACAGCCCAACUGGCAUAUCGUGGGUGGAAGUGGAAUCACCAGGAAAGGAGGUUGAAGCACUUCAUGUGUCUGUUGGAGUUAGUGUGGUCUGGGUGGUCACUAAAGACUAUAAGGUGUGGUUCAGGCGUGGCGUGAACUCCCACAACCCCUGUGGUUCCGGCUGGAUCAGCAUCGGAGGGGAGAUGAUGAUGGUGGAUGUAGGACUCAAUGACCAGGUGUGGGCCGUAGGGGAGGACCGCGGCCUGUAUUUCAGAAUGGGUGUGACCCCGUCUGAACCAAGUGGGAGCGGCUGGAUCCCUGUUUCUGCCCAAUGGGGCAACAGUAAAGAGGUUAUUCCACCCAGGAAUGAGUGUGAGUUUAGUGGUCAGCUGACUGAGGCCUCACAAGGCUCAGUUCUGAGCUGCACAGACUCAGACUCAGAGUUAGGUCCUACUGACCCACAAAACAGCACUAAUGACACCCCAGUGCUGGAGGCAGCAGCCCCCUCUGUGGUCCCUCUAGGGGGAGCCAAUUCACCUACGCCUCCCUUGAAAACAGAGGACACUCCCUCAGCCUCCCAACAAGAUGCCCCCAAACCCUUCAUCCCCGCCAGUGACAGCUUUAUCAACAGCCUGGUCUCAGACCGCGACAAAACGUCCACACCCCAACCGUCCAUCACAGAGGUCCCGCAGGAAGAAUGCGAGGAGCCGUCCCCGGCCCCGAUACUGCCGACCCCCGAGGCUGUAGGACAUGAUGUCCCCUGGAUGAAUGUGGAUCUGGAGGGGGCAGAAGCAGCUCGAAGUGCCCAGGCGGCGGGGCUGUCGUCGGGUGAUGGCAGUGCUGCUGCUACCUAUGCUCUGGGGACACUGGAGACCUCUCACGGUGUUGGGGAAGAGGACGGGCCAGUGUGGACCUGGAUCUCUGGUGGAGGCUGCGAUGUGGACGCAAGUUCACAGAUCAGCUGGCUUAGUCCCACAGGUCCUCUCACCAGCUCCCUGUCACUGACUCCAGUCCAGUCAGCAGCCUGGAGCGAACAGCAGCAGCAGCAGGAACACAGAGAGGAGAUCAGCAAGAAACCGCUGGAGAGAAGCAACUCAGUGUGGGUGCGUAAAGGUGCGCUGCGCUGGUGGAGAGACUGGAAGCCUCAGCGCUGGGUGGAUGUGGGAGUUGCUCUCGAGCAGUCCACCAGGUCUGAUGGAAAGAAGGACAGCAUUUUCUUUGUCUACUACACACAAUACGAUGAGAAGAAGUACCUUCAUGUGUUUAUAAAUGAAGUGACGGCGCUGGUUCCAGUGCUCAGGGACUGCCACUAUGCCUUUGCUGUGUACACAGCCCAAAGGACCAAACAGAGGUGGCCUCUGGUACUGGCAGCACAAACUGAAAAGGACAUGAACGACUGGUUGUGCCUGUUGUCUGACUGUUGCUGUGAGAUCCGAGGGAUCACAGGCCCCCCGUCCAGGCAGGCCCUGUGGUCCACGACCUCAAAGGGGGACAUCAUGGUUCACGAGCCGUCCUUCUCGCUUGAGGCAACUGCGCACACACUGGCCUGUGACCUCAUGUUCUGGCGGCAGGUCCCGGGUCACCUACGCUGUGUAGAGUCUAACAGUCUGGGGCUGGUGUGGGGCAUCGGGUGGGACGGCACCGCCUGGGUCUACAGUGGGCGCUAUGAGCAACAGCCCAUCCCGGGAGAUGUGGUUCAGAUGCUUCAGCAGACUGAUAUCAGGAGUGUUCAUGUGUAUGAGAAUCAAAGAUGGAACCCUAUGACAGGAUACACAGACAAAGGACUUCCUACAGACCGCCCUAUGUGGAGUGACGAGAGCGGACUGAAGGAGUGCACCAAAGGCAACACACACCCGCCCUCCCCUCAGUGGUCCUGGGUGUCAGAGUGGGCUGUGGACUACAAUGUCCCUGGAGGGACAGACAAAGAAGGCUGGCAGUAUGCUGCAGACUUCCCUGUGACAUUUCACGGCCACAAAACUAUGAAAGACUUCGUCAGGCGCAGAAGAUGGGCGAGGAAGUGUAAGCUCACGUUGAGAGGUCCGUGGCAGCAGGUCCCACCCAUUCCUCUGAGUGACAUCAGUCUGAUGCCAUGCCUGGCCCAGAGCAGGAUGGAGCAGAUCCCUGUCUGGGCACUCAGUGACAAGGGAGAUGUCCUGUGUCGUCUGGGAGUCAGCCCCCAAAACCCUGCGGGCAGCUCCUGGCUACAUGUGGGCACAGACCAGCCCUUUAAGUCCAUCUCCAUUGGCGGAGCCAACCAGGUGUGGGCCAUCGCCAAGGAUGGAGCUGUGUUCUACAGAGGAUCCGUUUCCCCACAAAACCCUGCAGGAGAAUGCUGGUACCACAUCCCGUCUCCCCCAAGGCAGACUCUCAGACAGCUGUCUGUUGGCCGGACCUCUGUCUUUGCUGUGGAUGAAAACAGUAAUCUGUGGUACAGGCAGGGCCUCACCCCCAGCUACCCUCAGGGCUCUGCCUGGGAGCUCAUCUCUAACAACGUCACCAAAGUUUCUGUGGGACCGCUGGACCAGGUGUGGAUCGUAGCAGAUGGAGUUCCAGGUUUCCCUGCUGAGACUCCAGGAGCUGUCUGCCACAGAGUGGGGGUGGGACCCAUGCAACCCAAGGGCCAGUCCUGGGACUAUGGUAUAGGGGGAGGAUGGGAGCACAUCAGCGUGAGGGGAAACUCAGCAGAGGCUCCUCGCGCCCCCCAUCCUCCUCCAAUUGGAUCCCCACGCAGCCCACUCCCUCCGCGGCCUCCGAGUGAACAAGUGAACGGGAACGCUGUGGGUGUGUAGCCCCCUCCUAUCUCCUCCUCCUCCUCCUCCUCUUCCAUCCCAGCCCUGUUUGUGCCUGGAUCCACAUUUGUUCCUUGAGACCGUUCCCACAGGCCCUCAUCCCUUCAUGUAAAGGGAAUGCACAAUCAUACCACUAAGUUUAUACUGUAUAGUUUGGUUGGAUUUGACACUCGAUCGAUGGAUGAAUGUUACUACCCCGGGGGCUCGUUUCCCCUGGGCAGAAAUCACGUCAGUAUGCAGUGACGACAAAAGAGGAAAAAAGCAUUUAAGUAGGAAGGAUCUUGAUGUCUUGUGGGAUCAAAAUUUAAAAAGCGAGUGCAUGUGUUUGCUCUUACUCGGCUUUGGCUACUGGGUGUUUUGGGAUCUAGCAAUAGCUUUUAUUCUUCUAUACAAUAUCCUGUGAAAACCUAAGAGGGUGGGUCUUUGAUAAAGGGCUAAGGCUUGGGUACCAAACUGACUCCCCCAGUGUAGCCUACAUUGUCUUGGUUUCUAGAAUCUUGUUUUGUUUGUUUUUGUUUGUUUCUGCUUGUCAUACAUUUGCAUGUGAUUUUAUUUAUUUAUUUAUUAUGCAUUUGUUGGAUUUGUUGUUCCUCCAUAUGUUUUGGACUAUUAUGUUUGCAAUGGAGUGUUUUUCGCCCAUAUUGCUACGACGAGCCUUCCUAAAAUUGGAGGCUUUUUCUAAAGGACAUGCGAAAUUUGAGAUCUCCAAACUUCAGGAAACUAUAAUGCUCUUCAAAUUACAACGUGACCGCAGAGAAAAAUGUGAAAAAUCAGAUCCACAUUACCAGAUGAUACCUCUCUAUCAGCCUGCAAUAAGGAAAGUUCUUCCUGUUAGUAUUAUAUCCAUCCACAUUAACUGCUAUGACCAUGAUAUGACCGUGACUGUUGAAACUGUGCGGCAGGUCUGACUGUCGCCAUGACUUGGCAUUCAUCUUACAAGGGCAUUGAAAUGUGAAAUAAAAGUCUAAAAAUAA